UCCCGGGACUCGAACGGAAGUUCCGGCGGGGGCGGCCGAGGGGGAAGAGUGUGUGUCUGCGGGAGAAAGAGGAGAAUUGCCCAAGCGGCCUCGGAAGCCCCAGGGAGUGGAGGCCCCCGCCGUGGAGCCGUGUGGUGUAUGUGUGGUAACACCAUGUCUGUGCCCCUGCUCACCGAUGCUGCCACCGUGUCUGGAGCUGAGCGGGAAACGGCCGCGGUUAUUUUUUUACAUGGACUUGGAGACACAGGGCACAGCUGGGCUGACGCCCUCUCCACCAUCCGACUCCCUCACGUCAAGUACAUCUGUCCCCAUGCGCCUAGGAUCCCUGUGACCCUCAACAUGAAGAUGGUGAUGCCUUCCUGGUUUGACCUGAUGGGACUGAGUCCAGAUGCCCCAGAGGACGAGGCUGGCAUCAAGAAGGCAGCAGAGAACAUCAAGGCCUUGAUUGAGCAUGAAAUGAAGAACGGGAUUCCUGCCAAUCGAAUCGUCCUGGGAGGCUUUUCACAGGGCGGGGCCCUCUCCCUCUACACGGCCCUCACUUGCCCCCACCCUCUGGCUGGCAUCGUGGCGUUGAGCUGUUGGCUGCCUCUGCACCGGGCCUUCCCCCAGGCAGCUAAUGGCAGUGCCAAGGACCUGGCCAUCCUCCAGUGCCAUGGGGAGCUGGACCCCAUGGUGCCUGUACGGUUUGGGGCCCUGACGGCUGAGAAGCUCCGGUCUGUUGUCACACCUGCCAGGGUCCAGUUCAAGACAUACCCGGGUGUCAUGCACAGCUCCUGUCCUCAGGUCAGUGGGGGACCAUUUCCCACUCCCACUUCUCUGCCUCCAGCCAGGAACCUCUCGUGAUCCCCUCUUAAUCCCCUCAGGAGAUGGCAGCUGUUAAGGAAUUUCUUGAGAAGCUGCUGCCUCCUGUCUAACUAGUCGCUGGCCCCAGUGCGGUGCCCCAGCUCAUGGGGGACUCAGCAAGCAAGCCUGGCACCAUCUUGGAUCUGAGCCGGUCGAGCCCCUGUCCCCACCGUUCCUGACCUGUCCUUCUCCCACAGGCUUCUGGGGCAGGUGGCAAGGCCUGGCCUUUCUUCCUGGCCUCAGCCACCUGGCUCUGUCUGCAGCAGGGGCAGGCUGCUUUCUUAUCCCAUUUCCCUGGAGGCGGGCCCCCCUGGCAGCAGUAUUGGAGGGGCUACAGGCAGCUGGAGAAAGGGGCCCAGCCGCUGACCCACUCACUCAGGACCUCACUCACUAGCCCCGCUUUGGGCCCCCUCCUGUGACCUCAGGGUUUGGCCCAUGGGGCCCUCCCAGGCCCCUGCCCCAACUGAUUCUGCCCAGAUAAUCGUGUGUCUCCUGCCUCCACUCAGCUGCUUCUCAGUCAUGAAUGUGGCCAUGGCCCCGGGGUCCCCUUGCUGCUGUGGGCUCCCUGUCCCUGGGCAGGAGUGCUGGUGAGGAGAUGGAGCCUUUUGAGGGGGGCCUUCCCUCAGCUGUUUCCCCACACUGGGGGGCUGGGCCCUGCCUCCCGGUUACCCUCCUUCCCUGCAGGCCUGGAGCCUGUAGGGCUGGACUGAGGUUCAGGUCUCCCCUCAGCUGUCUCACCCCCACUUUGUCCCCACUCUAGAGCAGGGAGGCCGUGGGGGAGGAGUUGUGUCUCGUCUUCUGUCUCCAUGUGGUUUUUGGGUGUUUUUCUUGUGUCCUGGAUUCCGAUAAAAUUAAAGAAAUUGCUUCCUCA